AUGGUUCAUCAAUUAUCAUUAGUAUCAUCCAUACCACAUUCACAAUACUUACAAACCAUAUCGUCUUUUAAAGUAUUAACUGGUUUACUUCAACCACAACCAAUAUCAACUUAUAGUAUAUUAACAAAACCAAAUCAUAUAUUUAAACCAAAAUUUGAACCUGGUAAAAUUAAUCAAAUUGAACAAUAUUAUAUGAAAUGUAAUACUACAUGGAGUGAUACAGAUAUAGAUUUAAAUAAUCCAAUAAUUAAAGAAGAUAAUAUAAUAGUAUCAAAAUUAUUUACUAAUGAUGGCGAAAAUGAACGGGUUUGGACAUUGAAUAUUUCAGAUAUACCAAUUGCAGGAAAAAAUCAACAAGUAUGUCAACAACAAAUAUAUGAAAGUACAUUAAUACAUACUUCUGAUUCAUUUUUAACAUUUCUAUUGGAUUUAGGGUAUGAAGUUAAAAAUCAAUACUGGUUAAAAGGAAUUAGAUUUUUCUAUGGUGAUAUAAUUAUUGAAAUUUAUAAAGUAUUUAUUAGAGAUGAUCAAGAUGGUGAAGGUAUAGAUGGAAUAAAACUAAAACUAUUAGAUGAAUCGAAUCAAUUUCAAAUUAAAUGUUAUAUAAAUAUUAAAAAUUCGACCGAAAUUGAACUGAUAAAUCUGGGGAUUAAAGAAUUAGUUAAAUUACAAGAAUAUUUAAAGAAUCUAUUUAUUUUGGAAAUACCAGAUAGGAUGUAUAUGGACUCAAGACUAAAACAAUGA